ACAAUUUUCACAAAAGAAAAAUAAGGAAAGGAAAGAGGUUGAAAUGGGAAAAAAUAACACAAGGGAUUGUUGUACUGUAUCUGCGUUUUAACCUUAUAGCACCGCAACAUCGACGCCACCAUCCAAACAAGCUGAGGUGACCACUUUUCCGGCCGCCUCUAAUCUCCAAAACCCUAAACCCCAAUAAAUAUUCUCUCUCUCCUUUUACCACUACACUAAAAUGGUAUGACUAAAAACUGGCUUUUAUAUCUAAGAUCGAUUCAAACCCUACGAUCGGUUACCAGAGAUAAUGCCCUUGUGGGUUCAACGGGCGUCCAAUAUUUUCCUCAUUUCUCGACAUUUUCAUGCUCACUCUUCUUCUAAAUCAUACGGACUUGAAUCCAUUUGGUUUACUAAAGUUGUAUGUCUUCUCUGUUUUCACCAUUCUCAACAAUCUCUUGGUGUGUUCAGUUCUGAUUAUUUUCGUCGGAAUUUGGACCCUUAUAUUGCUUUUAAUGUUAUUCAACAUAUUAAUACUAAUUUGAAUAACCCCAGAUUGGCAUUUCGUUUUUUUGAGUAUUCCAGGAUUAAUUUGAAUCUUGUUCAUUCUAUUGGGACUUUUAAUUUGCUUUUAAGGUCACUUUGUCAAAUGGGGUUUCAUGAUUUGGCGGUAUUAGUGUUCAAGUAUAUGAAAACUGAUGGGUAUUUAGUGGAAAGUUCGAUCUUGGAUAGUGUAGUUUUAGCACUUGCAAAUGCGGGUAAGUUUGGGUUUGCUAAAGAAAUUUUGAUUUCUCAAGGUGAGUUAGGUAGUAUUGUUAGGCCUUUUGUACAUAAUAGUCUUUUGAGUUUGUUAAUGAAGCGAAGUAGGGUAGAUGAGGCAGUUGAUUUUUUUAAAGAUCAUAUUUUGAGGCCAAAGACAUUGUUUCCAGAUACUUGCACUUUUAACAUUGUGAUUCGUGGGCUUUGUCGAGUUGGUGGAGUUGAUAAGGCGUUUGAGUUUUUCAACGAUAUGCAAAGUUUUGGUUGUUUCCCUGAUAUUGUUACGUAUAACACUCUUAUAAGCGGGUUGUGCACUGUUGGUCAAGUGGAUAGGGCGCGACGUUUGUUAACAGAUCUUGAGUUACAAGAUGGAUUGUCACCUGAUGUUGUGACAUAUACGUCUGUUAUCUCUGGUUACUGCAAGUUGAGUAGGAUGGAUGAGGCUAUAAAUCUUAUGGAUGAAAUGAUUACUUAUGGUAUUAGUCCAAAUGUGGUUACUUUUAACAUUCUUAUUAAUGGUUUUGGCAAGAUAGGAGACAUGUUUUCCGCGACAAACAUAUAUGGAAGAAUGUGUGCUGUUGGUUACCCUCCUGAUGUUGUUACCUUCACUUCUCUCAUUGACGGUUAUUGUCGGACUGGAGAGUUAGACCAGGGCUUAAAGCUCUGGGAUGAAAUGAACAUCAGAAAUAUGUCUCCAAACUUAUAUACUUUCUCUGUUCUUAUCGGUGCUUUGAGCAAGGAGAAUAGGCUAAAUGAAGCUCGGGAAUUAUUGAGGCAAUUGAAAUUGAGGGAUGAUAUUAUCCCCCAACCAUUUGUAUACAAUCCUGUGCUUGAUGGGUUCUGCAAGGCUGGUAAUUUAAACGAAGCAAAUGUUAUUGCAGCAGAAAUGGAGAGCAAAGGGUGUUGCCAUGAUAAAAUAACCUUCACCAUUCUUAUUCUCGGGCAUUGCAUGAAAGGAAGAAUGCUUGAAGCUAUGGCCAUAUUUGAUAAGAUGCUAUCAUUGGGUUGUGUCCCCGAUGAUAUCACAGUAAGUUGUUUGACAUCAUGCCUUCUAAAAGCUGGGAUGGCAAAGGAAGCGUAUAAAGUAAGGCUCACUUCAUCAAAGGACUUGAAUACGGAUUUAUCAUCUUCAAAGCCAUCUGUACCAUUCAGGACAAGUUUGGAUAUCCCAGUGGCUGUCUAAUUUAAAAAUUUAUCUGGUUCCUUUGGUACUGCUAAGGGAACAUGUGGAUCGUUGUUCUCUUCAAGUGCUUCAGAACUCGAGGAAGAUUGCUUCAGCAUAUCUAUGUCAACCUCAAGAAGCAUGGUCAUCGUAGUUUCUGUAAGCAACCUUUUUGGUGAUAGGCGCCAGGAGUUGUCCCGCACAUCGAGCGCAUAUUGCAUCUUUUAUAAUUCCGGUCGGCGUCCUCGAUGUAGGUUCUCUUUACUGAGUUUAGACAAGAUCUUCAAAAGUUGACUGGUCUCAAAUACUCUCUUCACAAGCUUGGGCUAUGUCUUCGCGGGGCAUGAUUGUGUAUGGUACUUGCAUCUCAUCAAUGCCUAACAAAACGCUAUUUUCAAACACUUCAGGUGGAGACAGAAAGUGUGCUAUCCUCAGCCUCGAUGCCGAGAGAUUCCAUUGGUUAACAAACAAUCACGAUCCUAGGGACUGACAUAUUAUUAAUGCCUAACGAAGACGCGACCUUUGAACCCUUCAGGUGGAGACACGAAUCUGGGUUGAGGAGGAAAGCCUGUUUGUCUCUGAAGCUCCUCGAAUUCAUUGGUUAAUUAAUUCACUAUUGAGGUCCAAGGGACAGAAAGCGUAUGCUCAACAGGCUAACUGAAAAAUAUGUAUCUGCCUUCUUGUUUACAGUGAUGUGAUGAAAAGUGUACCGUGUAAGUAAUGUAUCUUGUUACCAAUGGAUAAUGAAAUCAGUCCAUAUACAUGUCCAUUUGAGGCGUAAUGCACGCGUUGUAGAUG